CUACAGCUACAUCGUCAGGAAGGCUGUUUUUAGCACCAUUAGGCACAAAAACACCUCAAUAUGAAUAUCACAUCGCUAAAGGAAGCCAUCACUCUGCGCAUGCGUGGCGUCCGUCGCCUAGCAACCAGCCAACGCGCCACGCUCUACAGUCUCCCAGGCGGUGGCAGAUGUGUCAAUUACGACAACAGGAAGAAACAAAGCUGAGGAGACCCUAAGGAGAACUACCUGACGAGGAUGAGGAGACCUAUUUAGACGGAGACUUAACGAGGAGAACACGGAGAUGGGUGCGUGUGCCACCAAGAAGCAGGCCAUCAACCCGGGGUCAGCCCUUGAUAAGGUCAUCUCCCAGGCCUCCAGCGAUGACUGUGUCCUCUAUCGCCUCGCUGAUUACAAGAAAGGUGGUCGGCUGAUCGAGGAGUACAACAGAGGCGGAGGGAAGGAGGUGGAGAGGCUGAUCCUGGAGGAGUUUGGCAUCUUCAUGUAUAACCACGGGCGGGGCAAGGAGAUCACCCGCACCGAGUACCUCAAGUGGAAGUACCGGAAAGUGCCCAAGGAUCAGAUGGUCGUACAAAUGGAGACGAAGAGCCCUUUCGACCCUCUACAUAAGUGGAGCGACCAUGAAGCUUGCUGGCAGAUGCAGUUCCGAGGUUCCUUAGGGGAGACACUGCUACAUGUCCUCAUAAUGUGUGACACAAAGGCCCACACUCGCGUCGCUAAGAUUCUGCUCAGGUGUUUCCCCAAGCUGGGCAUUGAUGUUGUGGAGGGAGAGGAGUACCUGGGUGCGGGGGCUCUUCACCUGGCUAUCGCGUACUCCAACAACGAGUUGGUCACCAUCCUCAUGGCCUGUGGCGUCUCCUUCACCCAGCGGGCCAUAGGGAGUUUCUUCCUGCCGAGGGACCAGCAGGUGACGCAGCCUCCUGGCCCUGAGUACACGGACUACGAAGGAUUGGCUUAUCUAGGGGAAUACCCGCUCGCCUGGUCAGCCUGUCUGGGCAACGAGACUGUCUACAACAAGUUACUAGACCUUGGCGCAGACCCUAACCUACAGGAUUCCUUCGGCAACAUGAUCCUGCACAUGGUAGUCGUGUGCAACCAGCUGGGUAUGUUCUCCUAUGCCUUACGACAUCCCCGACUGCCUGCUCAAGACGGCAUCAUGAACCUGGCUGGACUGACUCCCCUCACCCUGGCGUGUAAACUGGCUCGCUCGACCAUCUUCAAGGAAAUGUUGGAACUGACUUGCAUUGAGUUUUGGAGAUACUCAAACAUCACCUGUAGUGCCUACCCUCUUAAUGCACUGGAUACUAUCAGGCCCAGCGGCGAGACAAAUUGGAACUCGGCUUUGAUGAUCAUUCUCAACGGGACCAAGAGUGAACACCUUGACAUGUUGGAGGGCGGCAUCAUUCAACGCCUUCUGGAGGAGAAAUGGAAGACAUUCGCCAGGAACCAAUUCUUGAAGCGGUUAGCUAUCAUGUUGCUUCAACUCGUGCUUCUGAGCGGGGCAGUGUAUCUCCGCCCUUGUUACUGCUGCCCCAAGAAUAUGUGGAAGAACUCGACGGAGUACAGUGUGUUGCUAUAUGACAACUUCUACGACGCAGACUUCAUGAGCAUUGCGCGGUACUGCUUCGAGACGGGGACGUUGGCCGGCGUGAUCUCCUAUGUGGUGUUCCAACAGGGUGAGGAGAUUAUGAACCAGGGCCUCUCCUCCUUCAUGCGGGGCUUGUCUGGCAAUGCUCCCAAGGCCAUCUUCUUGUUGUCAAACCUCCUCAUCAUGCUGUGUGUCCCGUGUCGAGUGGUUUACUUCUUCAAGCCAAAGAUGUAUUUCCUGCGUGAUAUUGAAGACGAACUGAUGGCAUAUGCUGUGGCUGGCUCCUGGUUUAUGCUUAUGUUCUUUGCCGGCGCCCUAAAGCUAACAGGACCGUUCGUGGUGAUGAUCUACAAGAUGAUAACUGGGGAUAUGUUCACCUUCAGUAUCAUCUAUUUCAUCAUGUUGCUGGGGUUCUCUGAGGCGUUUUUCUUCCUCUACAAGAGUCCCAAACACGACAAGGACAGCAAGUACGCGACCUAUGGGACCACCUGGAUGGCGCUGUUUCAUAUGACUCUGGGAGAUUAUGAUUAUGCAGGGAUGAACCAGAACAUCUACAGUUCAAUGAGCAAGUUUGUGUUCCUCGUAUUCACCAUCAUGUUACCUAUCAUGUUGCUGAACAUGUUGAUCGCCAUGAUGGGUAACACCUAUAGCACUGUCAUCUCUAUGUCGGAGAAGGAGUGGGUUAAAGCUUGGGCCAAAAUCGUCAUCGCCCUCGAACGAGCCAUAUCGCAGGAAAAGGCCAAGGACUACCUCUACAUGUACAGCUUACCACUCGGAGGAGGCGGUGACGGAGUAGAGGAGAGCCUUGGUGUCAUGGUCAUUAAGAGUAAGGACAAGACGAAGGCCAAGCAGAGGAAGGGCGCCCUUAGUAACUGGAAGCGUGUUGGACGAGUCACCAUCGACGCCCUACAGCGUCGGGGUGUGUCGGGAGAGUUCCUUCGUCGGGAGAUGUGGGGCCUCCAGACAGCUGCUUCCACACCUGUCAAAGGGCCGGCCAAGAAGAAAGGCUAUGGUGGUUUACUUGGUAUCGAGACGGGACCUGCUACUAGCGACAUUAUGGGUGACGCUCUCAACCAGUCCAUUUUCGCUGGUGGGGAAAUCAUUGACCCCAACGAUGAGAUGGACGGUUUCGGGGCCCUCACCGGCGCUAUAGACCAACUUGCCUUCACCAAUGACCUCGACUUCUCUGGCGAUGGCAUCGACGAUGAUCCCUUGAAGCCAAACUUGGGACAUGACCAGAAACCUCCAGUAUAUUCGACCACUCUCCAGGUCCCCGCUGAGCCGAAGAAGAAGAAAAAGAAGCGGCGCAACUCCAGUGAUGGCUACGACAACCCGGCAUUCAUAGACGAUGAGGAGCUGUUGCUGGCUUCUGCCCUAGAUGGCGGAGAGUCAGAUGGCUCUGACACAGACAUGCUGGAGUCCCGCCGUCUUGCAAAACCAAGGAUCAUUAUCCGGGCUGAGACAGAAGUGGCCACUGUCAGCACCACUACCACCACGUCAACGAAACCCACAGCAACCACAGCUGGAAAAACCCCGGGAACUGCUGUCGCUGCAAAGGAUCCAAAGGCAGCAGUCCAGACUGCCGCCACUAACGUCCCUGUCAUCAUCCCCAGGCAACGCUUGCCAUCCGCCAAGAUGAGACGCAUCGGUUCUGCUCGGAAGACUCCAGCACGUUUUGCCAUGACCUUCACAGAGAAGUAUGACCCAGUGGGGAAAGAGGUCCAGAAAAAGGUAGUCAAACCUGAAGACACGGCAGGCGCUGUCAGCGUCACUGAGAGAGCUGAAGAAGAGACCAAGAAAAAAGACGACAAGAAGAAAGGAAAGAAGAGUGAGGAAGAAGCCACAACCUCCACAAUGGACGUCCAGGAGGAAGAUGGUGACAGCGGGGACAAAUGGGCCGAGAAGAAGCCCAGACGCCAUAAGAAUAAAGUAGGACCUUCGAAUAGCUCAGAGGAGUGUGUGAUUGGCGUCGAGGCUCAAACACAAGACGACAUGAGCAUCGGUCUUCAUUCGGGAACAGAUUCUACCCGUGAGGAAGUGAAGGCAAAGGAUAAAGAACGACCAAAGACCUCGGUAGCAAGUCAGAAAAUGAAAAAACGUGCGACUGAGAAUGUGGGCAACAUGAACAGCAUCUUGCCCUGGGACAAUGAAGACGGGGACAUAAAGUAGUGAGUGAUUAAGAGGAAAUUGUCACUCAAAAUUCCUGUAAUGUCUCCUUGUAGUUAUGCCUUACUCUUAUUGAUGUUAUGUCCCUCUUUCUCUCAUCUCACUGUAUCUUCUUCUACUUCACUCUCUUAGUGUUUCACUCUAUAUGUCUCCAUUCUCUCCUUAUCCCUCUCCUUUUCUCCUUGUCUAAUUAUGUCUCUCCCUGUUCUUGUCCAAUUGUUCUUCUUCCUCUCUCAUUUUCUCCUAAUUUUCUCACCGAAACACUGACUCACACAGGGAUUGAAACAUUGAAUUACAUAAGGAUUACUUGAAGCUUUGAAUCACAUAGCAAAUAGACAAGGCAGUGAAUUCUAUAUAACUAGUGACUGAAGCACUGGAUCAAUUAGUAACUGAAGCACUGGAUCAGAUAGUGAGUGAAGCAUCAUAUUAGAUCACAUAGGGACUGAAGCACUGAAACAGAAUGAUAGCUGUAACCUAAAUGUUUGAAUCAUUUAACAAUACUGCCUGAAGUAUGUAAUCACUAAUUAUGGUGUAAUUUUCUGUCCAAAUCGUUUAGUUAACUGUAAUUAAUUGUAUUAAAGUGUUUGAAUAUAUAUUAUAUGCUAAACUGAUUGUUGUGCUGACCAUUGAGCUUUUUAUUAUGUGUACAAAGCUGUUUACCUUGUUAACCGUACAAAAUUGUUUAUGAUAUUACAGUUAAAAUAUUUACCAGUUAACUUUAACUUCACUAAACUGGUUAUUAACUAAGUGUACUUGACUGUUUACAAAAUUUAAUUGACUAAACUAUCUACUGAAGUAACUGUAAUAAACUGCUUAUUGAAUUUGGUAAACUGUAUUAGUUCUAUUCAACUACAUAUGAAAUCAACUUUACUAAACUGUUUAUUGAUUCUACUGUAACGGCGGGCUGUUUCUCUCUCUACUCAUACUCUGCCUUAUCUUUUACUCUUACUUCUCUUGUCUUA